CAGAUCCUCCUCCUCCUCUUGCUGAGUCGCGUUCUUUCCGUUCCAGCCGUGACACCGGUGGCAGCACGCCCGUCGACGGGACAUCUAUCUCCGCCUCUUGACCCUGCGCGUGCACAAUGACGUCGGUGAGCUUCGUUGCUACGCUGCUGCUGAGUGUUCAGGCCUUGCUCUGCAGAAACCUCGUCCAGUCCGUAUGUCCGAAGAAGGAAGAAGUGCAUCCUUGCAACUGUUACGGUUUCUCUAGCUACGACCGCGUCGAGUGCCGGGCCGUCGAGGACAAGCAAGUCCUCAAGCGCGCACUGUCCAAGUUCAAAGGUAUGCACAUCUUCGAGUUCGAGUUGUCCCUGAUCGACAUGAAGGACGUGCCUUCAGACGCUUUCAAACACGUGCAAGUCAGCGAACUGUACACGUACAUGGCCAACUUCUCCGGAUUACAAAAGAGCGGUCAUUUAUUCGAGGGCUUCGAUAGCACCCUGUACAUGCUUGAGAUCAAGAGGGGUAUCAACCUGGACGACUGGGACUGGACGGCCCUGGCGAGGUUGUCCAACCUGCAGAGGCUCUACAUCUUCUCGUCCAACCUGCGGAAGAUCGACCGUCGGUUCUCGGCGGUUUCCAAGAGUCUCACGCACGUCAUGAUCCAGGGCGGAGACCUGGAGGUCAUCGAGGACGGCGCCUUUACAGCUCUCAGGCUCCGCGACCUGGAGAUCUCUUACACCAGGCUGGGACAAGUGUCUCGGCAGAUCUUUCCGGUUCCCGCCACAACUCUCAGCGUCCUGUCACUCAGGCACAACAAUCUCCGGUACCUGCCAGAGGACAUGUUCAGCGAGAUGCCGGCACUCACGCUGCUCGACCUGAGCGCCAACUUGCUCAAGACCCUCUCGGAACGCUCCCUCUCGCCUGUCAUCCGCAACCUGCGACUACUGGACAUGAGCAAUAACCAGUACUACUGCGACUGCAACCUGACGUGGGUGUCGCGGGCUUUCAAGAUCAACGAUGACCGCUUCUGGCAGCGAAACGAGAUCACCUGCCAGUGGCCCCACCAGCUCUACGGCACCGAUGUGCUCACGCUCACCGACGAUGCCCUGGACUGUCCAGGCACGCGCGUCUCUACCCCGCAUCAGUUGAAGAUCGACCACGGACAAAGCUAGGAGCGCCUCGCGUUUUUCUGCCACGUGUUCGCCACCUCGUGGGUUUCGAGCGAACCAGCAUGAAGGGCUCGUGGCGCCCAUUUCAACGCGAUGGAAGUGUGGUCUGUUCUCCUCUACCGGACCAACGUGGCGACUCCAAGGCAGAAGAGACGGGUCAUAAAGAAUAUUGAAUGUGUGGAUGUUCCAAGGGGGCCAACGCCGGUCAACGCAGCAAGCUUGUAGUCUACGUAUUUUACUAAAGACAAAAUAUAAACGUUGAAGGGCGCGAGGAAGGGCGCCUUAAAUUAGUAAAUGUGUGAGAGACGUGGUGUUUUUGCGCGAAACAGUCUGUGGCUACCGGAAAGACACCCGUCCGGCUUACAGACAGUGGUUUUCUUUUGUUAUCAUUCAAGGAUUUUAUAACCAGUUUUGGAAAUUCUAGGAUUACAAUAACAUCACGGAUUGUCCAACAAACCGACAACACUGUUCUAGUAAAGCUAGAUGUCUCGGAUCGACCUACUUAUUUUUUUCAUUUUAAAGAUUGCAAGGCAAAACAACUGUCUUUUUUUUUUUUUUUUUUUUUUUUAGCGCACAUAAUAAGAGCAUGAAAGUGCGGAUACAGCCCAUAGCUUUUUUUCGCAUGUUCCCAUUUUCGAUUAUUCGAGCUGGGUAAAACAUGCCCACUUCCACUUUCACACAUACACACACACACACACAAAUAAAAAAAGAACGUUGGUCCGGCAAAUAUCUUUCACUUGCUUGAGUCCCGUGGCUUUGUCUCCAGUCAGAAUUAAUGUAAAAUUUAAAAUAUAGGAACACCGAAAGAAGAACACAGGUGGGACGAGGAACGUCGUACAUUUUCCUUCAAGUAGCAACAGUCAUCGUAAGAGGACACCAUCGGGUUCGGCAGAGAGCUCAUAGGAUCAUUUACCACGAACAAAGCGGACGACAAUGUUUCUGCUCCGUCACUCGUUUUAACUCGAGAUGUGAUGGCGUUCUACUCUCCGAAAUUCACAUAGCCGCUUGGUCAUAAUUGAGAAAAGUAUGUAUGUAUAUAAUAAGGGAGUUUUUGCGGUCCCAGUCAUCCUUUCCUUUAAUCUUCUAAUCUUAUAAGUUUUCAGAAUAUCCUCUAUUUUCUUUUUUUGACCCCUUUCCAUGUAUCUUUCGUUUUUGACUGUGGGGUGUGAUUGUGGAAAAGAGCGUUGCGAUUUAUUGUACUGUUGCUACUUGAAAAAAAGUUCACCUCGCCCCAGCCGUGUCUCAUUUUUUCGGUGUUCCUAAAGUCAACAUUGUCCCAAAUAGAAGCGAGCAUCUGAGCCAGCUUGAACUGCUUGCCUCGAGAAAACUUUUCAACUUGAGCCUUCAGCAUCCGCUUAUUUAAGUGCAGUCAUCUACGUGUAUGUCAUGCCAUUCGACAUCUCAACUACACAACAUCAACCUGUUCAUCGGGUGUUUCAAGCGACAUUGCUGACGUGCCGCGACAAACACCUUUUUGAGUAUCGGAAAUGCCACCGAUAAAGUGCUGUUCGUAUCAUCUGUUAUGUGUCGUGUAGGUGCGUGCCUUUUAUCCCUCCUGUUGACAUGUGCAAACGGGUGCUAUUAUCUUCUUAUCGUUUUCUCUCCUGUGUAUGUAUUUACGUCUGAUAGGACCCUUGGACUACGAGUGCAUCGCUCAUGACGAGAAUGUAAAAAGGACACGCGUCACGUUUGAAAAUAGAAUGUCAAAUUGUUCAGGACUCAACAAAAAAAAAAUAAGAAGACUCAUUUAGAAGUCAAUAAAACGCAUAAUUCUGAGACUCGUCUA